AAAUUGACUUGGUCUUUCUUUUUUGAUAAAGUGCAAAUUAACUCUAUUAAAACAAUAGCUCCAAAACCAGAGCAAAGAAGCUCCAAUUGACUUGGUCUUAGUAUGUAGCUUUAUUAUUAUUGUGUGUAGUGUGUGCCCACUUGAUCAGUCUCAGCCCCACGCGUCAACAACCUUUAAUUUCUUUAUAUAUAUACACACACACAUCUCAUUAAUAUUAAUAUUAAUAUUAAUUAUUAUCUAUUUCUCUUCUCUUCACCUAUAUAUAUAUAUAUAUAAAUAUUAAUCAAAGUAUAGAGAGAGAGCUAGGCUAAAACCAUGCAGUUGAUGAAGUAGAUUGUUGUUAACUAAGUUGUUAUUAAUGUCAUCCAUGGAAGUAUUGGCAAGAACAGGACGCCAUAGACAACGUUAUCACAACAAUCUUCGCCUUGUUUCAGGAUGCAUUCCUUACCGGGUGACUAAAGAUGAAGAAGAUUAUUACAACAUACAAGUUCUUAUGGUUUCUUCACCAAAUCGUAAUGAUCUAGUGUUCCCAAAAGGUGGAUGGGAAGAUGAUGAGACUCGCGAAGAGGCUGCUUGCCGCGAAGCCCUAGAGGAAGCAGGAGUGAUUGGAAUACUCAGAGAAACUCCAUUAGGAGAAUGGGAAUUUAGAAGCAAAAGUAAAGAGAACAAUUGCAACAUAGAAGGAGGCUGCAAAGGCUACAUGUUUGCAUUGGAAGUCACUGAAAUACUCGAAGUCUGGCCAGAGAGACAAAAUCGUGAUAGAAGAUGGCUAAAGAUAGACGAGGCAUUUGAAUUGUGUCGUUAUGAAUGGAUGCGCGAGGCACUAAAGGUAUUUCUUAGAGUGAUGACGACCGAGGUAGAUGAGGAAGAGGAGAAGAAGAAAAAUGAGGAAAGAAAAGAUGAUCAUGAGAUAGUAGACACUCAAAUAAUGUCUUCUUCUUCUUCUACAACUACUUCUUCAGAUUGUAAUGUUGUUAAUGGUUCAAAUUCUAAUACAAGUCACAAACAUGUUAUUAGCCAUUCAAUUGGGAUAUGCCUUGCCACUGACAUGACCAAAAAUCCUAGUGGGGCCUCAAAUGAUAUCUUUCUAUAUAAUUGUACUGUCAAAGUUGAUUCUCAAUUGUAAAUUAGUCUAUAUGGACCUAUGGUGAAAUAGUGUAAAAUAACUUGUUGCUUAAUAAUAGGUCAAUAGUGAAUAGUGGUGUUAACAUCUCCAACUGGGGUUAACUUAAGCUUUUCAUGACUUUGGUUAUGUAUUGUAUGAAAUUUGAAUCCUUGAGUUAGGCGUAGAGCCUUUGUUAAAAAAAAAAAAAAAAAGUUGUAUUAACA